AUGUCUAAGAAGGCGUUCAGGGCGGACAAGAGGCCCGACGGGUCUCUGGUGUGGACCGAGGACCCGGACAAGAUGUGGGUCCUGGUAGAGGUGCUGUCGCAGGACAACACGCUGCUGCGGGUGCGGAACAAGGCUACUGGCGAAACCCAGGAGAUCGAUCUGGGGUUCGGGGAGGCCCACCCACACAACCCCAAGGUGGUGGCGGACAUGACGUCGCUGCACCACAUCCACGAGGCCGGUAUCCUGCACAACCUAGGGCAGAGGGCCCAGAUCAAGGACCAGAAGGCCUACACAUUCAUGGGAACUGUCUUGAUCGCCGUGAACCCGCUGCGUAGGCUGGAGGACCCCCCCAUGGAGAGCUUCAUGAACCGGCCGCUCAACCCGGAGACUCCUCACCCCUAUGCCAUCGCCGAGCUGUCCUACCACCAGAUGCGGUUGGGAGCGGGACGGAAGGCGGCCAACCAGUCGAUCAUCGUGUCGGGAGAGAGCGGGGCGGGGAAGACGGAGUCGUCCAAGAUUAUUCUAAAGUUUUUGACACAUCGAUCCGUCGGAGGCGUAACGAGCCUAGAACAGAAGGUAGUGGACUCCUCUCCUAUCUUAGAGUCUUUCGGAAAUGCCAAGACGCUGCGAAACAACAACUCUUCGCGUUUCGGGAAGUUCCUGAAGAUGCAGUUCACCAGGGACAAGUACCGCCUCGCGGGAGCGUUCAUCGAGACCUACCUGCUGGAGAAGAGCCGCGUGCUUACCCAGUGCAAGGGGGAGCGUAACUUCCACAUCCUGUACGAGCUUGUGAAGGGGGCGGCGAAGUCUGGCCUUUCGAAGGACCUUCAGGUGUGGAAAACGCUUGCGGCCGUGCUCCACAUGUCCAACGUCGCCUUCGAGGGGAAGGAUGACGCUCAGGGGGAGGUGGCCGCCGUCAAAGACCCAGCGGCCUUGAAGAAGCUGUCGGCAUUGCUCGGCGUGGAGACUUCGCUGCUGGAGGCCAUGCUGACCCAGAGGGAGGUGAAGACGAUGGCGGAGACCUUCACCAAGAAGCUGGAGGUGCAGGACGCGAGCCUCACCCGCGACGCGAUCGUCAAGUCUCUCUACGAGUCCCGUACGUUCGUUGAGAUUGUUGAUCAGCGCACUUUUGGGGGGGGGGGGGGGCCCCACGUUGCUUUCCGCCCAAAAUGUUCGGGUGCGGCGGUGGCGGUGCGGGCGGUUGCGGUUCUGCACGGUGAUUGGCGUUAUUCCUGUGGAAUCGUGCGGAUCAUCAACACGUCGCUGGGGAAGGGGGAGGAGAGCUUGCCGUUCAUCGGGGUCCUGGAUAUCUUUGGUUUCGAGAACUUCGACACGAAGAACGAGUUCGAGCAGCUGCUCAUCAACUUCACCAACGAGAGCCUGCAGGACACCUUCAACAAGCAGGUGUUCAGCAACGAGCUCCGCCUGUACGAGGAGGAGGGGAUCGACGUGGUCGUGUCCAGCUGCCCCGACAACGAGGAAUGCCUCAAGAUGCUCUCUAGCAAACCCAAGGGCAUCAUCCCCAGCCUGGACUGCGUGUGCUCGGAGCCCAAGCCUACCGACGCGAGGUACCUGGACGGGCUCCACAAGACGUACGUGAGGCAUCAGCACUUCCCGAGGACCAAGCCAAAGGACAUGCGCGAGUGCUUUUCGGUGAAGCAUUACGCCGGCACGGUGAAGUACACGGUGGAAGGGUGGGUGGAGAGGAACAUGGACAGCAUUCCCGUCGCGUUCGCGGCAUCUCUGGGCACCAGCACCCAUAAGAGUCUUCCUUCCAAUCCCCCUCCCCCCCCCGAUAGGUACGUCGUGGAGCAGCUGCAGUGCCUGGGCAUCCUGCAGACGUGCGAAGUGCUCAAGGUCGGCAUGCCCACCCGCGUCACGUACGCCGAGCUCAAGGAGGUUCUUGGCGACAAGGCCGCUGAGGCGGACAAGCUGUUCAAGGGGGAGCCUGAGACCGCGCUCAUCGCGUCCAUCCUCUGGGCCUUCGAGGUGCCCUCGGAAGCAUUCCGGCUGGGCAGGACCCGCGUCUUCUUCCGUGCGGGUCAGAUCUCCACGGUGCAGAAGAUCCUCAACGAGACCGGCCCGGAGAAGGCUCCCUGGAUCAUGAAACGGCUGAAGGAUGCCCUCGCCAGCCGACAGGAGGCCAAGGCCGCGGCAGAGGAGGCUCAGGCGGCCAUGUCGGCGGCGGAGGCGGGCCUCAAGAAAGCGGAGGACGCCGCGGCGGCGGUGCUCGGGCCGAGGGGGGGCGUCGACAGCAGCGACGAGGACAGCGACGACGGCGUGCGGCUGAGGCAUCGCCUGGUCCCGACGUCCUCCUCCUCCGCGUCCGGGGUGAAGGAGGACGACCUGAGGGGCCUCGAGUCCGCCGCGAAGAGGGCCAAGACCGCCGGCAGCACGCUGCCGCAGAUCGAUGCGAUGGUCGGGGCCGCUCGGGAGGACAAGAUGGGCACGUACGCCGAGGGGCUGAUGGAUCGAGUCCUCGCCGCGUCGAAAGACGCGAUCGCAAAAGUCAAGGAUGCAGCGGCCAGGGGGGCCGAUCUGGAGAAGACGGUGGCGGACGUACGUGGGCGGGACGAGGCGACGGCGCUGCGGCGGCUAGGGGAGCUGCUCAAGGGGUUGCACACGGACUUCAAGGCGGCCCGGCGCACGGCCGAGAGCGCAUUGGAAGCGGCGGCCAAGUGCCAGGUGGACAAGACGCGCGAGCUCACGGCCGCUUCUAAGGCGCAGGCCACCAAGGUGGAAGGGCAGGCGAGGGAGGUGACGAACGUGGCCAGGGGGGCGGCGCAGGCGUCCGAGCGCCAGCGGGCGGCGUUCGAAGCUGCCACGAGCAAGGCGAAGGACGCCGACACCGCCGCGGAGAAGGCCAAGGCUGCCUUCGGCUCGUUGCGAGGGUUUAUGAAGGAGGCCACUGAAGAGGAGGAGGCGGCGAGGGUUUCCGCUCUCAAGAAAGCAGAAGAAGCCAAGAAGAACAAGAAAAAGGAACAGGAGGAGACCAUGGCCGCAGCGGCGGCGGCGGCAGCGGCAUCGUCGGCCGCCGAGGUGGAGGCAGAAGCUAGGGGGGUGAAGCCACCCGCGGCGCCGACGCUAGAGGAGCAGCAUCAGGAGGAGGACAAGGUCUCGGAGCUUGUGGUCAUCCCUUCCGCGGCGCCCGCAAACCGGCGGCUAUCGGCGAUCUCCAGGGUGCCUUCCUUGUCCGUCAAGAACCUCCUAGACUCGGACGCCGUCAAGUCGCCCGUCCCCAGCCCCACCCCAAGUCCCGACGUCUCAGUUUCGGAUUUCGGCGCCGGGGUGGAGAUGAUCGACGGGCCCAGGCUGGGAGGCAUGCCGACCCACAUGCGGAGCACCUCGGAGCGUUUCGAGGAGGCCAUGGAGGAUGGCUACAAGGAGGGAUACCUCAUGUCGCAGUCGAAGAUGAUGAAGAGAUGGACGCCCAGGUACUUCGUGCUCGACAACGGGUUCUUGUCCCACUACGAGAAGAUCAGCCUCGUGGGAACCAAGAAGCACAAGACAAUGGAACUGAAGGCCGAUUCCGUGACCCGUCCAACGAACCAGAUCAACACCUUUGGCGUCCGCACCGGGACCACGGAGUGGCUGCUGUUGGCACGGUCGAAGAAGGAGAUGAAGGCAUGGAUGGGGGCAAUCACGGACCAGAUCCACGCACUGUUCAUCCGGGAGUACAACGUACCAGGGGACGACUACCAGAGCCAAGGGACGUGGGGGCAGUGCUUCUACAAGAUGGCGGCCGGGGUGCGGCCGCAAUGGAUCAGAACGUUCCCCGUGCCCCAAGCCCCGCACACAGGGGACGGGCUCUUCGAAGGGGAGAUCAUCGAGGUUACCCAGGUGCUUGAGAACGAGGGCGUGAAGUUCCUCCGCAUGGCGAACGACCGGGGGUGGGCCUCCGCGCAGGACAUCGAAGCCGGCGACGGGACCGCGUUGUUCACGAAGGUGUCUGGAGAGCUGACGACGGAAACGCGCGAGCACAAUGUGCCAAUGAUUGCCAACCAGCCGGCGGUGGUCCUCUUCGGCCCCAGCUUGGAGUCGCAGGAAACGGGAGCCACUCUCAUGCCCGGCGAUAGCGUGCGAGUGGUGCAGCGGUACACUUCCGCGCCGGGGGUCGAGAAGAGGGACGGCCAGGCCUUCGUCAAGCUCAAGAAGACGGGCGGCUGGGUCCCGAUCAUGAAGAGCAACGGGGUCGUGGGAGUCGUGCCGCAUAACCCUCGUGGGUGA